CGCGAGGCAUUCAGAGCAGUACUUGGAGCCGUUCGAAUUGCAUGACACAUAUUUGGUCAUAGAUGGUAACAGCAUAGCGUGCCAACUCUACAAUUGGCAUGCCCGUUGCAACUGUGCCUUUGGAGGUGACUAUGACAGGAAGUCUUCAGGGAUGUAAUGGAUGAGAAGCGUGUCAAGUACGCUCAGUGUGCCUUUGAAGCUGAUGAUGAAAUUGCUGCUGUUGCUAGGAUUCUAGGCUGCCCAGUGCUCAGUUAUGACUCUGAUUUUUUUGUUUACGGAGUAUUGUAUAUACCGUACAAUACACUGGACGCGGGUUACGUUAAAGGUCGAAAGACAAAUGGAUAUGUUAAGAGGUGUAAAAUUUAUCGAGUAGAAAAGUUCUUAAAUAGUUUUGGAGGCUUGGACAGAUCUUUGCUGCCUUUGAUCGCCACGCUGCUAGGCAAUGAUUACAUUAAACGAGGCGUUUUCAAGCAAUUUUUUCAGAAUUUGAAAUUGUCUAAACUAACUAAAAAAAAUAGCAACGAACAACAGCGGCGAAUUGCAGCAUUACUCAAUUGGCUACAGCCAUAUACCUUGAACAGCGCUGUAAGAGCAGUGCUUAGUAGGGUACAAAAAGAACAUCGGCGUCGAAUUAUGAGUGAAAUGGAAGCAGUCAUCGCUGGUUAUACAAGUUCUUCUCCCCGUAUGCUUGCACCACUUGGAUUUUCCAAAGAAUAUGUAACUGAAGUAGAAACAAGCAGAGUAAACAGUCCUUUCAAAUUUCAAGAGGAUUUCAAUAGCUUGGAAGUUGUAGAAGAUUCAAUAAAUCUGGAAGAGCCUUUAAAACGUGAUUACAAUUAUGAAGAUGAUCAGGAGCAUGAUGACAGUAACAAUGAAGAUGAUAAUGACAACGAAGAUGACAAUGAUGAGGAUGAUGAAGAUAUCAGUGAUUAUGAUGAAGUAGAUUUAUCUACUGAAAAUUUCUUAAGUAGCGCCGCUCCACCUUGGUUUAUUGCUGAGUACAGCAGAGGACAAUAUCCCCCUUAUUUUAUUGAUAUGAUGUAUCGCCAGUUGUUGUUUUGCCCACCACAAAUUGAAGAUUAUUUUUAUCCAGCUUCACAUCUGGUAAGUUUGAAGAUUAUUAGCGUUAUCUUUGAACUCUUGACAUCGAACAGAAAAGAUGUGAAAAAGAAUUUAGAGUACGUUAUAAGAGAUGACAAUAAUCGAGCAACUCGCUAUCAACUACAGUCCUGCAAAGAAAUCUUUUCUUUCAAUUAUCCACCAUUGAAGGAUCUCAAUACACUUCCUCUUGUCAUCAGAGAAGGCAUAUUAACUUGCACCUUGGAAACUCCAAAAGAAUUCAAUACAGAUCUCGUAUUGCCUGAGUGGAGAUUAUAUCUGGCCACCAUCAUUUAUUGGAGCCAACAAGGACAUGAACCUUUGGUAACUAGCUGCCACAUUUAUGCAUUGCUGUGUUCAAUGUUGUUUGGCAUCAUAGAUCAAAACCUAGGAUUUUGUCGCUCAGCACAUAAGUUGAAGGCUAAAUAUAAUGAUGUAAUUAAAAUAAUUGCUGAAAAUAGAAAAUCUCUGGUAGACAAGGGAUUGUUUCCAAAAAAUACAAAUUUCACCGUCGCUGGGAAAUAUGUCACACCAGAGGACUGUUUUUCAGCAGCAAAUUUUUUUAUCCCUUAUUUUAAUCUUCACCCUAAGAUGUCGUCCAGCCCAAAAGCGUUUAAUGUUACCGUUGUUCAUUCAUUUUCACAGUUUCAGAGUUGUUUGAGGUAUAGUAUGCAUCUCAAUGCUUUGCUUGGGUAUCCAUAUAUGCAGCCAAAGGUUGCGGAAGUUUAUAACGGUACAUUGCUGUAUAAUUUGUAUCACAACUUUAAGAAGCGCAAUAGCAUCGAAGCUUACAUAAAUGUUGUGCUUAAAGAUUCUCCAAGUCUUUUACAAAUUUUCAAUACUCUUACUAAUGCCAUUAAACAACCUCUAGCCACAGUAUUUGAGCAUAAUGUAAACCAGAAGAGAAGGCGUAAAAAUAAAAAUAAAUCGACAAAAGUUGAUGACGAGGAGUACAUGAGCUGUGCUAGUGGAGAUGAAAUUUUAGAGAAUAAUCAUCCCUUUAUAGAUCCAAACAAUCCGUUUUGUGUUCUCAAUGCAAUGGAGUAGUCGAAUAUCGCUCUCAUCAAUACAAAAUUUGUACAAUAGUGUACAUUUGUUAAUGGAUCGACCUGUACAAAAGUGCACCUUUUUUAUAAUGAUUGAAAUAGUAUCUUAAGGAUAUAUGUAUUUUACUAUAUCAAUUUUAUAUAUAGUCACCAUAUAAAUAGAGUAAGAAUAAGGGUUGCAAAGAGAGUAAACUUAUAUGUUGUUACAGAUGUAAAUAAUAUUCUAUCACAGUAACAAAUUUAACCUGGGUGUUAUAUUUUUUUCAACAAAUGAUCCUUUACUUCUUUUACUUUUCUUUUCGAUAUCUUUUGCUUCAUAUAGGUAUCUUUCAUCUUGAAGUAUAUAUAGUAUAUAUAUAUACUUCAUGUAACUUCUCGUGUUUAUUGACACAAAUCCUUAUUUAGUUUGUGUAUAUUUAAUUUCACAUGUUUAUUAGCUUCAAGGUAAUGAUUUAUUAUGAAGCAAUUGUAGCAAGAAUGUCUAGCUUCCAAGCCGUUUUGUGAAUCCAAAAAAUAGUACAGUAGGACCUUGUUUAUCCGAUCUUUGAUUAACUGAGGUUCGGCUUCAUCCGAAAUGCUCAUCUCAUCUGAGCACUCUGUAUUAACCGAAAUGUACAAUCGGAUAAUACGGUUCUCUGGUUCUCCUCUCAGAUUAAACAAAAUCAUCCGCUAUGUCUACGUUUCAAAUAGUCUUGUCUCGUUACAUUGUUUGAGCACUCAUAAACUUGUAAAAGUUCCUAGUGAUUUAUUACAUUGCAAGCUGUAAACGCGACAGUUCCGUUUCUGGAGUCAAAGGGAAUAUAUCGCGAUGGCUUGAGCUAUAUAUGUUUUCCCUAUUAUCCGAGAUUUCACUUGUCUGAGGUUCGCUCUCCCCAUAUUACCUUGAAUAAACGAGGUUCUAUUGUAGUAAGUUUUGCUCAACAUAAAUUUAAAUCCGCAAAUUAAUU